ACUCUAGCUGUUAGUUUUUGUCUAAAUCCGCGAGCCUCCUGGAUCUGAUUUCUGGAUCACAUUUAAAUAAAUAUUAUAUCAAAGUAAUUGACCAAAGCAAACACGCCCCAAGAGCUAGAGAAUCCGGUAUAUUUGGACUCAUCCAAAUUCCAAUCAUACCUUUCUCCGUCUCUGUUUUUGCAUUUGUUUCUGAAUCUCAGUCUUCCACCGUCAGCGACCCAGCACUGAUUGAUCUGGUAGAUUAAGAGGACUGGUUUUCCAGAAUUGGCAUUGCCCUGUCGUGAUCAGUUGGUUUAUACAGCUCGUUUUAAAUUCCGCAUUAUUUGGAAUUCUAAAUCUUGUGGAUUGUUCCUUUUCCUUUUGGAUUGUUGAUCCAUAAGCGGGUAUUGAAACUUGGAGGGCUAGCGAUCUGGAUUCUGUAAUUUGCUUUUGUUUAUGGUGAAUCUAUAUGAUAAUUAUGUGAGUCCGGUGGUUCAAUCUAGUGGAAACAGUAUACCCAUUUUCUUCGGAGAGUCCGAGGGGUGGUGGUUCUAAUGCAUGUAGUAAUUGUCCGGAUUCAAGGUCAACAAACACGCACAGAAGCUUGUAUGUUAGGUUCAAGGAAUUGGGUAUUGAGUGGGUGUUCUUAACUCGAUUGUUGAAGGAGGUUGCACGAUUUGGACAUGAGAAGCUCUUGGUUCAAUAAACUAUCUGUAUGUUAGGUUCAAGGAAUUGGGUAUUGAGUGGGUAUUCUUAACUCGAUUGUUGAAGGAGGUUGCACGAUUUGGACAUGAGAAGCUCUUGGUUCAAUAAACUAUCUGUCAUUUUUGGCCCUAGACCGCCACUCAGCUGGUUACUGUUGUGCCUCAUUAGCUUGCUCGCACUAAUUGCAGUUUUAGGGUCGUCUUCCUCAAAUGCCUUUGACUCUGUAACUCCCACUCCAGUGCCUGACGUUUAUUUGAAUUACAGAAGGUUAAAGGAGCAAACAGCAGUUGAUUAUUUGGAGCUAAAGUCCCUCUCAGUUGGAGCUAGUCGGCAAAGAGAGCUUGGCCUUUGUGGCAAAGAACGAGAAAAUUAUGUCCCUUGUCACAAUGUUUCAGCAAAUUUGUUAGUAGGGUUUAAAAAAGAUGGGGAGGAGUUUGAUCGGCAUUGUGAAGUUUCUAGAGAACGGGAGCGGUGUUUGGUUCGCCCUCCUAAGGACUAUAAGACCCCCCUAAAGUGGCCCACUGGCAGGGAUGUGAUAUGGAGUGGAAAUGUGAAGAUAACCAAAGACCAAUUUCUUUCGUCUGGAAGCAUGACCAAAAGGUUGAUGUUACUGGAAGAGAAUCAAAUAGCUUUCCACUCUGAGGAUGGGUUGAUCUUUGAUGGUGUUAAAGACUACUCUCGCCAAAUUGCAGAGAUGAUAGGGUUAGGAAGUGAUUCUGAAUUUCUUCAAGCUGGAGUGCAUACUGUACUAGAUAUUGGUUGUGGAUUUGGUAGCUUCGGAGCUCAUUUAGUCUCAUUGAAGUUAAUGGCUGUUUGUAUUGCGGCUUAUGAGGCAACUGGCAGCCAAGUCCAGUUGGCCCUUGAGAGAGGUCUUCCGGCAAUGAUCGGGAACUUCAUUUCGAGACAGCUUCCAUAUCCAUCAUUGUCAUUUGACAUGGUUCAUUGUGCGCAGUGUGGUAUUGUUUGGGACAAAAAAGAUGGGAUGUUCCUUAUAGAAGUUGACCGGUUACUCAAGCCUGGAGGUUACUUUGUGUUAACCUCACCCACAAGCAAGCUACAAGGGAGUUCAGUGAGUAUGAAGAAGAGAAACAUGUUAACACCAUUGGAAGGAUUGACCCAGGAAAUCUGUUGGAGUCUUCUAGCUCAGCAAGAUGAAACUUUUGUCUGGCAGAAAACUGUGGAUACUGAUUGCUAUGCAUCUCGCAAGCAGGGUACUAUACCACUGUGUAAAGAAGGGCAUGAUGCUCAAUCAUAUUAUCAGCCCCUUGUAUCGUGUGUAAGUGGGACCUCUAGCAAACGCUGGAAUCCAAUCCAGAACAGAUCCUCUGGUUCCCAGUUGAGCUCAGCUGAGCUUGAAGUUCAUGGGGUUCUGCCUGAAGAUUUCUUUGACGACUUGCAGUUUUGGCGAUCUGCUCUGAAAAACUAUUGGUCUUUGCUUACACCCUUAAUUUUCUCUGACCACCCAAAGAGGCCUGGUGAUGAGGACCCAUUACCACCAUAUAACAUGAUACGGAAUGUGAUGGACAUGAGUGCUCAUUAUGGGUCUUUAAAUGCUGCAUUUUUGGAGGAGAAAAAAUCAGUAUGGGUAAUGAAUGUUGUGCCUGUCAGAGCUCCUAAUACACUUCCUCUUAUACUUGAUCAAGGCUUCGCUGGUGCUCUGCAUGAUUGGUGUGAACCUUUCCCAACAUACCCCAGGACAUAUGAUAUGCUUCAUGCAAAUGGGCUCCUUUCACAUCUCGCUUCAGAGAGAUGCAGCGCAAUGGACUUAUUCUUGGAGAUGGACCGAAUACUGCGCCCUGAGGGAUGGGCUGUUCUUUCUGAUAAAGUGGGAGCUAUAGAGAUUGCACGCCAACUUGCUACACAAAUACGAUGGGAAGCAAGGGUGAUUGACCUUCAGAAUGGCAGUGACCAGCGGCUGCUUGUUUGCCAGAAACCAUUCAUUAAGAAAUGAUAGAUUGAGAAUCUGGAGGUCUCACCUUUUCGAAAGUGUACAUUUUUUUGGCUCUGGGUUUCGAUCAUUUGAUAGCAUAUAUCCAUAUAAUAUGUGAUCAGAGCCUGAUGGAUUUGACGCUGUCCACCAUUGAACCAGAGGGGCAUGUGGAGGCUGUAGAUUAAAGACGUUAAACAAGUUUGCCACACGAAGUAGCUGCAAUUCAGAUUUUUUUUUUUUUUGGUCAAGGCGCUUGUAGCAAUUCUUUCAUCCAUUUUUUUUAUUAUUAAAAAAAAAAAAAAAAAAAAUCUUUAUUGAUUGAUUUUGGACUCCUAAUUAUCUUGGAAUUAAAGAAUGGCUGUUGUUGAGGAAAGAAUGUGAAAUGGCAAGGAAAUGUAAGAGUUAAAAUUUGUAUUUGUAGACAUUUUCUCUUCUCCCUUGGGCAUAUAUUAAUUAUAUUAUUAUAGUA